AUGUUACCUAAGAUGAGGGACAAUAUUUAUUUAUAUAUAAAUCUAUUUCCAGUAUGCCAAGAAGCUAUAGACCAGUGUGCACAGGACAGUGAAAAUAAAGAAGAUGAAUACUGCAAAAAAGUACUUAUAACUAUACCUGAUAUUAAAUCUACAUUUAACGAAAAAUGUCCCAUAGCUUUUUUAUAUCUAAAUAAAAUAGAGGAAAAAUCAUAUACAGAAGAAAAUAUAAAAGGGGCAGCCUGUAUAUACAUGUAUUAUUGGAUAUACCAUGAUCUCCUGAAGAAUAAUAAAAAUGGCAUCAAUGCUAAAAUACUUUAUGAAGCUUUUAUACAGGCAUAUAAUGAAGUGGACAUUGAAAAAUAUAACGGCUUUAAAGGAGCUAAUAUUACAGUAAAUGAACUGAAUAAUCUGAAGUAUAUAUAUGAAAUGGAGACAGAGCUUAAAAAUAUGGAGAAAGAUAAAGAAUCAUCGAGUGGAAAUAAAUGUGAAAGUGCCAAGAAAUGUUCUGAUUUAUAUAUGCAA